AUGUCUGGUCCAACUUUAACUUUUUGGUGCGCGUUAAUGUGUGUUUACCGGGCAGAAAAGAUAGGAACUGCGACACCACCGAACAUUGUCAUUAUGCUAAUGGAUGACAUGGGUUGGGGGGACCUAGGGGUUUUGGGCCAGCCCGCUAGAGAGACCCCUUAUCUGGAUGCCAUGGCUGCACAGGGCAUGCUUCUCCCAAACUUCUACACUGCCAACCCUUUAUGUUCACCAUCCAGAGCAUCACUUCUCACCGGGAGGUUACCUGUACGAAAUGGUUUCUACACUACUAACGGUCAUGCCAGAAAUGCAUACACACCACAGGAGAUUGUGGGAGGAAUCUCUCGGGAUGAGAUCCUGUUACCUCAGAUGCUAAAAAAGAAAGGAUAUGUCAGCAAGAUAGUUGGGAAAUGGCAUCUGGGCCACAGAGCACAGUACCUCCCCCUGAAAAAUGGCUUCGACGAAUGGUUUGGUGCACCCAACUGCCAUUUUGGGCCGUAUAACAAGAGUGAGAGACCCAACAUCCCUGUCUACAACAACUCUGAGAUGGUCGGCAGAUACUAUGAAGAGUUUCAAAUCGACAAAAAAACAGGAGAAUCAAAUCUCACACAGAUUUACUUGCAGGAAGGUCUUGACUUCAUAUAUCGACAGAAUCUGGCCCAACAGCCCUUCUUCCUGUACUGGGCCGCUGACGCAACUCAUGCCCCUGUCUAUGCUUCCAGACGCUUCCUCGGGAAGAGCCAGCGGGGCCGGUAUGGUGAUGCCGUCAUGGAGCUGGACUACAGCGUUGGCCAGAUCCUGUCCAGGCUGAGGACUCUGGGUAUUGAAAAUAAUACCUUUGUUUUCUUCACUUCAGACAAUGGAGCUGCUCUUAUGUCUGGCCCAAAUGAGAGUGGCUCUAACGGGCCUUUCCUCUGUGGGAAGGAAACCACCUAUGAAGGGGGCAUGAGGGAGCCUGCCAUUGCUUGGUGGCCUGGACACAUCACAGCAGGCACGGUGAAUUUCCAGCUGUCUAGUGUAAUGGACCUGUACACCACAAGUUUAUCUCUGGCUGGCAUCAGUCCACCUGAUGAUCGAGCCCUGGAUGGAUUCGACCUGUCACCAAUCCUCCUGAAUAGCUCGCACACACUGCAAAACAGGCCAAUCUUCUAUUACCGUGGCAAUGAACUCAUGGCAGUCAGGCUUGGGCAAUAUAAGGCGCACUACUGGACCUGGACCAACUCUUGGGAUGAGUUAAACAAGGGUGUGAAUUUCUGCCCCGGUCAGGAAGUCCCAGGCGUCACCACACAUGAGCAGAAGGAGCAUACACUGCAGCCUCUCAUUUUCCACCUGGGCCGGGAUCCUGGUGAGAAGUUCCCGAUCAGUGUUUUGACAAAGGAGUACCAGGAUGUACUUGGCCGUAUCUCGCCGGUUGUGGAGCACCAUAAGAAGACGCUGGUUGCUGGCAUACCACAGCUCAACAUGUGUGACCUUGCAGUGAUGAACUGGGCUCCAGCUGGCUGUGAGAAGUUAGGAAAGUGUCUCAAAGCGCCCACAUCAUCUCCCUGGAAGUGUGAGUGGCCGCACUGA